AUGCCCUGUCUCGUCUCUUUCGAUACCCAUCUCUCCCCCAUUCCCCUCAGCUGCCUGUGUAAAGAGCUCUCGUCUGCCUGCGCAACUCUCCACCCCCCUCCUUUGUCUCCCUUCUUGACUCUGGACGGGGCUCUCAUGCGCCUGCGCGAUUCUCGCUUCUUUUGUGCCUUCAACCGCACGCCUGCUCCCAACACCUCUCUCUCACCGCCAUCCACCCUGGCAACGUCAGCUCCCCCCACCCUUUCAACAGCCGCCGCGACAGCAGCCCAAACCGCUGCAGCAGAUGCUGUUGCUUCUGUUUCUGCUGCAGCUGCAAGUCCAGACUCGCAUCGCACCCAGCAGCAGCAGCAGCAGCAGCAGCAGCAGCAGCAGCAGCAGGAAAAGGAGGAGAAGCGAGAUAUGGGCCGGGAUGGGCAAGAUAGAACAUCAGACGAGGAGGAGAAGCAUGGCAUGCCUUUAGUCAUUCGAGAGUACACGGAACGAGAGAACACCUUUGCUGCUCUGGCUGCUGUAUCCCAAGUGGCACCCCUCCGCUUCAGCAAAGUGGCUUCUUAUGACUCCAAGGCGCUCAUUCCCCUCUCCACGCCUGUCAAUCUUCGCAUUAUACCUUCCCCCCCUCUCGCCUCCUCUGCUCCCUCGCUUCUGCUACCUGAGAGAGCAGAAAGGAUACCCUCCAACGAUAUUCCUCCCCGCAUCCCCUCUGCUCCCCCCCUGCUGCCUCCCUGCUGUCUUCCUGCUGCUUUCGUCCUGCCACCCUGCUGUUUUUUUGCAGAAGGGGUACCCCUCAGACCCGGCAUUCUAUUCGGAUCCAUUCCAAGUCAGCGACAAGCUCUCCAUCGUGUGCUCUUGGACAGAGAAAUUGCAGACAAAAAGACGUGGGGUACUUCAAUAUAG